GCGAGCUGUGUGCCCGAAAGGAACCUGCUUACUGCUUGUAGCCAAAUAUCUAUCAGCGGACAGUCAAAUGAUGCUUUCUGCCUCAUUGGAGUUGCUAUUACCUCAAUAUCGCGGAUUUACAAACUUUUUUUGAUGGUGGAACUUGAAAUAAAAGGAUAUUGUCGUGGAAUAUUACUGCAAAAUUGGUAACAAUCUGAAAACUGUAAAAGAAGCAGACUGAGAGCAGAGAGCAGAGGGAACAGUGCCAUGGUCGCUGAUUUUUAAUCUCUCUUCUGAGCCAAGACGCCUCACCAACUGUACCUGCCUUUCAUUCUUAUCUUGAGCUGGACCGUCAUCAUGAGAAGAACUUUUCAACCUCUGCCACUGUGUCUUCUCUUGCUUCUGCUUCUGUCCCAGCUCUGCUCUGGAAUCAAAUGGCUGGCCAUAUCGCGGACGCCCCCCUCGCUGCACGUCAACCAGACGCAGCACUGCAAGCAGCUGCAGGGCCUCGUCUCGUCGCAGGUGCAGCUGUGCCGCAGCAACCUGGAGCUCAUGCAGACCAUCAUCCAGGCCGCGCGCGAGGUGAAGAAGACCUGCCAGAAGACCUUCACCGACAUGCGAUGGAACUGCUCGUCCAUCGAGAGCGGGCCACAGUACCUCCCUGACCUUGAGAGAGGUACGCGAGAGGCUGCCUUCAUCUACGCCCUCUCCGCGGCCGCCAUCAGCCACACCAUCGCCCGGGCCUGCACGUCGGGAGACCUGCGCCUGUGCUCCUGCGGCCCCAUCCCUGGCGAAAUCCCCGAGCCGGGCUACCGCUGGGGCGGCUGUGCCGACAACCUGCACUACGGCCUGGUCAUGGGCUCCAAGUUCUCCGACGCCCCCAUGAAGAUGAAGAAGUCUGGCUCUCACGCCAACAAGCUGAUGCACCUGCACAACAGCGAAGUGGGCAGACAGGCUCUUCGAGACGCUCUGGAGAUGAAGUGUAAGUGCCACGGGGUUUCGGGUUCCUGCUCCAUCAGGACCUGCUGGAGGGGACUGCAGGACCUAAAGGACAUCGCCAUGGACCUGAAGACUAAAUACCUGUCCGCCACCAAAGUGGUCCACCGGCCCAUGGGCACACGCAAACAGCUGGUCCCCAAAGACAUCGACAUCCGGCCUGUCAGGGAUAAUGAGCUGGUCUACCUCCAGAGCUCACCCGACUUCUGCUCCAAGAAUGAGAAGCUGGGAUCUGUAGGCACUCAGGAUAGGCAGUGUAACAAGACUUCCAACGGCAGCGACAGCUGUGACUUGAUGUGCUGCGGCCGGGGCUACAACCCCUACACGGAGAAGCUGGUGGAGAGGUGCCACUGCAAAUACCACUGGUGUUGCUACGUGACAUGCAAGAAAUGCGAGAGGACGGUGGAGAGAUACGUGUGCAAAUGAGACCCUUCCCCCUGCCUCGCCCGCCCUCCUCAGUCCACAGAUAACCAAAGCACUAUGUACCAAGAAAGGCUUACUUUUGUCUUAAGCUUCAGCGUGUAUAUUUUUUUUUGACGAGAACCAUUUAUUUUUGUUUCAUUGCUUUUGUUAUUUUUUAAUGAAAUUCUCGCCCCAGAACUGGACUUUUUCAUUUUACGAAUGUUGACGUGGGUGUUGUGACAAUGCCUAUCGGUUACGUGGAGACCACCGUCCUUGAGGAUAUUUUUCUUCAUAAUUGUGCACACACUUGCCAUAUUCGGAUGUAAAAAAAAAAAAAUCUAUUUUCUUAUGCAUUUAUUAAAGAAAUGAUAUUGGAAUUUCUUUUUGAGGGAAACCUCUUGAUUCUCUGCAUAUUUGGAGGUGCGUUUCUAGCUUUGGACAGAUAUUUUUAAUAAUCCCUUCAAAAACCAUUCCAUGGAUUUCAAAAGGUUUUGAAGGAUCUACGGGAUUUUUCACUGAUACUCUUACAAAGAAACAGAGGGAAAAAAGGUGCCGAAAAUGCAAAGGGAACUUCAAAUACAGCUUCAUUUGUGGACCCUUAAAUAGCUGGUAUGAAAACUCUGGACGUGCAGUUAAUCUCUGAACGAGGAGAGGACUGACUGCAUUAAUGUGUACCCUGGCAAGGACAAUAAACGGAGAGUGUUUGCAUUGUUAAAUUCCCCAUAGCAUAAGGAAUGCAGGUAGUCCAAAGCUAACAUUUCACAGAGCUGAAUCCAUGGGGUUCCCAAGACAUCGUAUUAAGAACCACUUUUGUGUGGAUGUACAUACUGUCUUUUUGUAUGCUGAA